CCUAAUGUCUUGGACCCUUGCCCCGCCUCCUGCAAGUUGCAGGCAACCGAGAAGCUACCACUACUAGCUGCUCAGGCUCUGCCCAGCUCAAAAGGCGUUCAGGUUUAGUGCACGAAAUGAGCAGCGCGCUGCCCGCGGCAGAUCGGGCGACAGGGAGAAGGAGGAGGGAGAGAUGUUGCUGCUAGGAUUAGCCACGGGCUGCUGCGUCCUCGCCGUCGCCGGGGAAGCCGAGAAGCAGGACGGCGGCGGGGCGUCCUCCGGGGGCGGUCAUGGUCUUGGUUCCAAGAUUAGCCCCGCCGUGCUGUUCGCCGUGGUGAUAGCGGCCGUGGUGCUGUUCGUCUCCUGCCUGCUGCAUCUCUUGGUCAGGCUCUUGCUCAGGCGCGGCCGUGCCCGUGCCCGUGCGCGCGCGCCGGCCGAGGCCGGUGCCGGUGCCGGCGGUGGGGCGGACGCGGCGGGCGGCGGCGGGGAGGAGUCCGCGUUGCAGAGGCAGCUGCAGCAGCUGUUCCACCUGCACGACGCCGGGCUGGACCAGGACGUCAUCGACGCGCUCCCGGUGUUCCUGUACCGGGAGGUGGUCGGCGCCGGCGCCGGCGCCAAGGAGCCGUUCGACUGCGCGGUCUGCCUGUGCGAGUUCGCCGGCGAGGACCGGCUGCGGCUGCUGCCGCUGUGCGGGCACGCGUUCCACAUCGGCUGCAUCGACACCUGGCUGCUCUCCAACUCCACGUGCCCGCUGUGCCGGUGCGCGCUCGGCGCCGACGCUGCCGCGCUGUUCGACGAGGAAGGCAUGUGGGAGCACGAGGACGCCGUGCUCCCCGUGCGCCUCGGCAAGUUCAAGAACCUGGCCAGGGCGGCGCCUGGCCCCGUGCGCGCCGGCGCCGGCAUUGUGACCAGGGAGGCCGGCGAGACGAGCAGCAGCAGCCUGGACGCCAGGCGGUGCUACUCCAUGGGCUCCUACCAGUACGUCCUCGCCGAGGCGAGCCUCCAGGUGUCCGUCCACAGGAGGCACGGCGACGGCCAUGGCAGGGGCGGGGCGGGGCUCAGAGGCGUCGGCGUGGGCUCCAACCGCGCCGGCGCCACAGAGGGGAAGAGGAUCGGCGCGGGCAGCAAAGGCGACAGCUUCUCGGUGUCCAAGAUUUGGCAGUGGCCGCGGAACGGCAAGGAGAAGCUUCCCGUGCUCGCGUCCGAUGACUCGCCGGCCAUGAACGGCAGGCUGCCGUGGCAGAGGCCAAGUCCCGGGGAUUCGUGAAUCGUGUCGUGACACAAAGAAAGCGUGUGUGGUGGUGCGUGCUCCAAACUUGUAUUGAGCUUGUCUGCUCGCCCUUUUAACCGCUGAUGAUGAAUUGGUUCAUAGGC